GAUUUAAAUCUUGUUUGCCGGAAAACACUCACGCAGCAUAUAUACUCAGAGCUUGAUUUUGACUUCCCACGAGAACUUUGGUCGAAGAGCGAUUAAAUUGAAACAUCAAUGGAGAACAGGGGUCCAGGUCCGACGAAUUCCGCGCGGUCUGAAAAUUCCUCCGCUGUCGCUAACAUCAUGACGAAAGAUGAAAAAGCGAGCAAAUCAUCAGGUAAAAUGAAGUGGCAACUCGCUGAUUUCGACAUCGGACGAGCUCUCGGCAAGGGGAAAUUCGGGUCAGUUUAUGUUGCUCGAGAGAGGAAAUCGAAAUUCAUCGUUGCGUUGAAAGUUCUUUUCAAAGAACAACUCCAGGCGGCUGAGGUCGUUCACCAAGUUAGGCGCGAGAUUGAAAUUCAAUCCCACCUACGGCACAAAAAUAUCCUCCGGCUAUUCGGGUACUUCCACGAUGAGAAGCGAGUCUACUUGAUCUUGGAGUACGCUCCAGGAGGUGAACUUUUCAAGAAACUCAAAAGCGCUGGUCGUUUCGACGAUGCCACGGCAGCGCGAUAUAUGCGACAGAUUGCUAGCGCUCUGCAAUACCUUCAUUCGAAAGGCGUCAUUCAUAGGGACAUCAAACCAGAAAAUCUCCUGCUAUCUGUCGACGGGGAUCAAAUAAAAAUAGCGGAUUUCGGUUGGAGCGUUCACGCACCGUCGUCAGCGAGAACGACACUUUGCGGUACUGUCGACUAUCUCCCCCCGGAAAUGAUCGCGAAUGCGAAAUACGAUAACAGGGUUGAUCUGUGGUGUCUCGGAGUUUUGCUCUUCGAGCUCUUGACUGGCCCCCCUUUCAAGCAAAGUACUGACAAACUCACCUUCCAAGCAAUAACCAGAGGAACAUUGAACUUCCCUGCCUACGUGAAUUCCGAUGCCAGAGAUCUCAUCCGUCAGCUGUGCUCCGUGGAUCCUGCGAUGCGACCGACUCUCGAUCAAAUGUCGCACCAUCCUUGGCUGGAACGCCACGCUCCGGAAGAAAAUAGCUCGAACUCUGACCUGGGAUCUUCGAUUUGAAGCUCAUCUGCCAUACCGCGAAGCCUGUGAUCUUGGCAUUUUAGAACAAUUUCUGAGUAUAUGUGGGACGCGUCUAAGAACGAGAUAUCGCUACAGGUUUCAUAGAAUCUGAUCGGAGGAUGGUCGAGGUUCCCGAAGAAAUCGGGUCCCAUUCCUAGAGCUCCACUUGAAAAUAUGAUUCUGAGAGAGACAUCCUUCCUGAAAUAAUUCUUCCAUCUUCCGUGACCCGUGGGAUACCAUCUGCCGUAGUAUUUCACCGAUGUUCGUCGUCCAAACAAUUCCCACCGCACGGUGAAUCAUCCCAUUCGAAGCCUUGUGGAGAUAUUCCCGCUCCGAUGAAAGGAUAUAGAGUGCGUCAUUUCUUCUGUCUUGGUGUACAGACAGUCGAAGGACUAUUCCGCAUGACGGAGCCUUCUUUUGUGGAAGCUUCUUUGUUAGUUCGAGCCUAGUAUUGCUGUAUUAUAGAUGAGUUGCGAAUGCUGGAUCUCCCCGCAUUCGAUUGAUGAACAUGAACCGCAUCUCCCGUGAACUUGAGAUGAAUUUCCCUUUCGACCGAGCGCCUUGAAUGGAGGAAGUCAUCUCCAAUCGCCGCAACCAACUUCGAUAAAGGUCUCCAUCUGGAGAUGGAACCCGCUGUCGGAUUCGGGCUUUUUUUCUCGCUUGGUCCUUGUGUCAGCAGAGAUCGUCAGUCCCCAGUCGAAUAAAAAGUUCAUAUUCGGA